AUGUUAAUGUCUCCUGAUAAAGAAAAGGACCCGGAUGUCGUUCCUGAAGAUAGCAGUCUGCUAACUCUUCGAAUUAGAAAGAAGGCAUUAGAGAGGAGAGAAGAAACAAUCAUUGUGGAUCGGGCUUGCAGACAAGAAACUCUUGCUUAUGAGAUGGAGUCACAUGCAAUUGGAAAGCGGCCAGACAAUCCAACAGAUCUAGUUGAGGAGGGAGAACUGCUUCUAACUGUGAACAUCUUCUAUCCUGUCAUAUUUCAGAAGCAUAAAGAUCACAAACCAUAUCAGACAGUCCUUGUACUGGGCAGCCAGAAGCUCACCCAACUGAGAGACUCGAUUUCCUGUGUCAGUGACCUCCAGAUAGGUGGUGAGUUCAGCAGUCAGCCAGAUCAAGCACCAGAGCACAUCAGCAAGGAUCUCUACAAAGCUGCUUUCUUUUAUUUUGAAGGCACCUUUUAUAAUGAUAAAAGAUACCCAGAGUGCAGAGAUCUGAGCAGAACAAUUAUGGAGUGGUCAGAAUCUCAUGACAGAGGCUAUGGAAAUCUUCGGUCUGUUAAAAUGGAGGACUACACCUUUAAUGAUUUGUCCCUCAAAAUUGGCUUUCCAUACCUUUUCUGCCACCAAGGGAACUGUGAGCACAUCAUUAUCAUCACAGAUAUAAGGCUCAUUCAUCAUGAUGACUGCCUUGACAGAAACCUCUAUCCCUUGCUAAUCAAGAAACACUGGUUAUGUACCAGAAAAUGCUUUGUGUGCAAAAUGUAUACAGCCAGGUGGGUAACCAACAAUGACAGUCUGGCACCAGAGGAUCCUUGUUUCUUCUGUGAUGUUUGUUUUCGGAUGCUUCAUUACGAUGCGGAAGGCAAUAAACUGGGGGAAUUUCUUGCAUAUCCUUAUGUUGAUCCUGGGAUUUUCAACUGAAACUGACAUGAGCCAGAAGGAACUCAAUGAACUACACUG